AAAUCGACUGCAUAACGUGUAGUGUAGUCAUUGACGGUUGACUGCAGCCAUUAUCUGACUAUGUUUGUGCUAUUUUCUUUAGUUGUGGGUUUAGCCCUUACACAAACUCGAGAUCUUAGUAGUUAUCUGGAAGAUCUGUCAGAAGGAGAAUAUGGCUCCUUUUCUUUUGUCCAGAACAAAGAUGGCUAUACUGUAGGCCAGGCUGUCAUGCAGUCAUCAGACAUGGUUGAAGACAAUGAUUCUCAGGUUAAGUCUGAGAAAGGGUUCAAUGUGUUUACUCCAAAUUCCCAGGAAUUGCCGGUGGAGUGCACGGACAGUACAAUGAAGGUGGAACUUCCCGCUGGUCCACUCACGGGGAUUAGGAUACUGGGCUCAGCAACUGUAGGCCUACUCCAGGUUGAGUCAUGUCGACAUACACUAACAAAGACACCAGAGAAGAACACCCUCACUAUCAGUUUCAAUGGCUGUCCUUUGACCUUGGAGAGAAAUCAUUAUAAAAUUCGCCUGUUGUAUGUCACUGAUGACGGCAAGGUAGAAGUCAACUCCGUUUCCUGUCCAGAUCCUCAAUAUUUCAACUCGACGAGGCCACAGUCUGAUAGCCCUGACAGUGGGCCGAUCAGCAAAUCUGGCAGCAAGUGUGCUGACACUACUGUUGCUCCAGUUACCAGAACGACUCUGACGCCUGUGCCUAUGCCUGGUGGCUGUGGUGUUUCUCAAGAGAAGCAGAUUGAGUGUGGCUCUGGGAUAUCUGCCUCUGCGUGUCUGGUGAAGGGGUGCUGUGUGGACCCCACAACUCAAAAAUGCUACUACCCUGUUAAUGUGUGCACAUUGGACAGACACUUCGUUUUUGUCAUCCCACAUGAUCUGAUCAGUGUACCAGUGAAUCCUGCUUCUCUGGUAAUUGCUGGUGACCGUAGUUGCAAACCGGUGGUUGUCAACAGCAAGUUUGCCCUCUUCAAGUUUUCAGUUACGGAGUGUGGAACUCGAGUGUAUGAAAUUGGCGAGAGUCUUGUGUACCUGGCUGAAGUGCAAACUGUUCUAAGGGCCCUCAAAAUGAAAUAUGGAAUUAUCACCAGAGACAAUCCCAUCAGGAUCAUGGUGGAGUGUCGUUAUCCUAAGAAUCCUCUACCUGACAACAUGCAGCUUGCUACCACUGGCUUUCUGGUGAUGAGCCCCGUUUUGCCGUCUACAGUCACUUCAGAGGGAUUGUAUGGUGUACAGCUGCGAAUUGCCGAAGAUGAGACCUUUUCCAAAUUUUUGCCCCACUACCACCAACUCUUGCGUCUCAUGCUGGGAAAACGGGUGUACCUGGAAGUGCGCAUCUUGUCCCCUAAGGCCGAAGCUGCUGUGCUUCUGGUCCAUUAUUGUGUGGCAUAUCCUCGUUCUGCCAGAAAUGCUCUUGUUCUUCUUUAUGAAGGGUGUCCUAAUGCCUUGGAUUCUGCCUCCACUGCAAUCCUUCACAUGGCUAAUCUGCCACAAAAUCGCCAUACACGUCGCUUCAUGAUUAAGGCAUUCCAGUUCAUGGAUCAAACAACCAAUAAGUUCUUAAAUGAGGAGAUCUAUUUCAUGUGCUCAGCUGAAGUGUGUCUUCCUUCAAAAACUACCUGCAAAGAGACUUGCUUUGAUAAAAAGGUUUCUCCGUAACAAGAGGCACUGCUCCAGUUUCAUUAAAUUCGAAAUAAAUUUUAUUGAUGUAA